AUUAAGUUAACAUGCUAGCUAGGCUCACUGGUCUGGUGAUUUUGUGUGUGGCUUUAAUCGUACGUCGCAUGUACGAUUAAAGCCCCCCCCCCUCCGAACCUAACGUUUAUUCAAUCAGCAGGAAUCGGAAUUUAAACCGUUUUGCGACUAAAACUACAUGAAGCGGACACAAUGGAGACAGUGGCAGCCCAUCUCUGUGAAAAAUGUGGAGAAAGCUUCUCAGAAAUUAGCAUGUAUGGCUCUCACAGCUGUUCAAAGAACUUGACUAACAUGAAAUGCAAUAAAGGACAGUUAGAGAAUUACAACUGUCCUUUGUGCAAUGAGUGCUUUUCCAAGCCGGGAGCACUGAAGCAACAUUUUCGGAUUCAUGGUGGAGACCUUGAGCUGAAAGGUCCUUUCUCUUGCACCGAGCAAGGUUGCCAGUUCUCCAGCCCAGACCGGCAGGAAUAUCAAGCACACCUGACAUCCACACAUGGCAUCACUCUUGUUCACUGCACCUACCGGUCCUGCAAAUUGGCCUUUUACACACAACGUGAGAAGGAGGGUCAUUGGCGCAACCAUUUUCCCUUCCAUUGCCCUCGGUGUCACUUUGUAACUCUUAAAGCAAAACAACUGAGUGACCACUAUUUGGAGCAUGACAUUUCCACUGACCCUCAUGUUAAAGAGAUGGUCCCCACAACAUUAUGCCUUGAAGGGAGCAGCCAGUCUUUGACCUCUGGGAGACCAAGGAGGAAACAGAGACCCAACCCAGCAUAUGGGUUAUUAUCAACAGAAGAAAAAGGUGAAGUAGAAACUGAGGAACAUGAGCAGAAAGUGAAAAGAGCAAAAAUGGAGAUGGGAAAAGACACAUCAACGGUUACAGAUGGUGCUGUCCCACUCUCAACUAAAGAUUACCUCGUGGAGGGCACAGAGCACAUCUAUCGCACCAACACCUGCCCUAAGUGUCGGCGCUGCUUCAAGAUGCGCUCUCACCUGCAAGAGCACCUCCACCUGCAUUUUCCCGACCCCAAUCUCCAGUGCCCAACCUGCAAGCACUAUUUUACCAGCAAAAGCAAACUGCGCAUUCAUAUGCUCCGUGAGGUGGGCCAAAAAGUCCACCACUGCCAUCUGUGUGACUAUUCAGCUGUGGAACGGAACGCAAUCCGCCGCCACCUCAUCAGCACACAUGCUGAUGAGGCAGGAAAUGAUAUAAACUCUCAUGUCUACCCCUGCCCCACCUGUGGUCAGAGCUUUUGCCAGAGCAGGUCCCUUAAGGCCCAUAUGAAGACACACAACAUCCUACUGGAAGAGAAGCCUGUGGCCUGCUUCCAUGAGGGCUGUUCUUUUCAGAGUUCUCUGCGAAAAGUGCUGCUUAAGCAUACAACAAAAAUGCAUGGGGUAAAAGCAGUGGAAUGUCGUCAUCACGCCUGUAAUGCAAUUUUCCGGAGUGAGAAGGACAUGGAGGAUCAUCAUCGGCUGCACCUAGCCUACCACUGUCCCCAGUGCGAAUUUUCCUGCUCCAACAAGACAAUCUACCUCCAGCACCAGCGGCAAGGACACCCAGGGAAUGAGGAGAUUAGCUGUGGUUUUUGCUCCUUUGUCACAUUUAACCCGGUGGAGCUUGAGCAACACAUUGGACAUUUACAUGCCAAUGAGAAGAUCCAUCACUGUCCACAGUGCAACUAUGUGACCUCACACAAGCGUGGAUUGAAACGGCAUAUGUUAUUGCACAGUGGUGAGAAGCCCCACAAGUGUAGCCUGUGUGACUUCAGGUGCCGAGAUGAAUCAUACCUUUCUAAACAUAUGCUCACACACUCAGAUGACAAGAACUUCAUGUGCUCUGAAUGUGGUUACAUCACCAAAUGGAAGCACUACUUGAACGUGCAUAUGCGCAAACAUGCAGGAGACCUCAGGUAUCAGUGUGACCAGUGUCCAUACCGUUGUCAUCGCAUGGACCAGCUCAACAGCCACAAAUUACGACAUCAAGCCAAAUCCCUCAUGUGUGAGGUCUGUGCUUAUGCGUGCAAGCGCAAAUAUGAACUUCGCAAUCACAUGCUCACCAAGCACUCUGGGGAAGAGAAACAGCCAGCUGUUUAUGAUUGCAAAUACUGCACAUACACCACCUGCUACCGCCAAGCCCUUCAGAACCAUGAGAACUGCAAACACACCAAACUGAAGGAGUUCCGUUGUGCCCUCUGCCUCUAUUCCUCUUUCAGUACCAUCAGCCUCUUCCUGCACAAGAGAAAAGUUCAUGGAUAUGUGCCUGGGGACAAAGAAUGGCUGGAAAACUAUUCUGCAAAGGAGAAGGAGAGGAAUGCCAUUGAAUUCAUGCAGGAUUUUUACAAAAAACCCUCAACAGCUGAUGGGCAGUCUGAACAAUCAGCAACAAGGGCUCCACCAUCUCAAAGUACCAAAAACCAAAGCGAACAAAAGGAGCUCACUUGCUUAGUUGGUCAAAAUGCCAACCAAGAGACUGUAGCUGUUUCACAAUCUUUGGACACUGCAAACAUUAAUGAUUGUGUUCCUCAAGUUGUGACCAACAAUAAUAUUUCAGUUUGUGCUCCAUCUGUAAAAUAUCCUGAGGAGUACUGUACUCUUGUUUUGACCACAUUAUCAACCACAGAAUAUGAGACUACUGUUAUACAAAGGGAGGCAGAAAGUUGUCAAUCCCUAGAAACACUUGGUCUUGGUCAAAACACAUCACAAGAAAAGCCAGACAGUGCCAUAAGCACAGUAGAGGAAGACAGUGUAGCUUUUGAAGAUUGUGACAGUGGCCAAAGUGAUUUAGAUAACGGUGAUGGUCAGGAGAAUAAUACAAGUCAGCCAGCUGAGCCUGCAGAGAAUCAGACUCAAAAAUAUCAGGUAGAGGACACUGGUGACAUCAUCAAUAAUUCCUCUUUCACAUCUGGGCAAAAUGAGCAGCAUUUGGAGUCUGAGAAACGCUUGAAGACAAUGAAGAAGCAUGACCGAGACCAAGCAGAGGCUAUGGUUUUGGAAGGACGUGUGCAAAUGCUUGUGGUACAGAGCAAGGAUAUUUAUCGCUGUGACAAGUGCUCUUACGUUAGUCGUAAGGAGACAGCCCUUAAGUUCCACUGCCAAUCACUGUGCCAAGGACGGCUAAAGGGACACAAGUGCCAAGCUUGUGGGGCAAAAUUCAGACAGAGGCGUGGCCUUGAUACCCACAUCCUGAAGAAGUGCCCAGCACGUCAGCAAAAGACCAGGACACCUGUAGGCAUGUCAACAUUAGGUCGAGCAACAGAAGAAGGUUCUCCUCAAGGCCAGCAUGGUUCCAAACAACCCGAGGAGAGACCAAGUGUGGAUCGUACAGAGCUGCCUUCUUUAGAUGACAGAAAUAGCAGAGAUACAGAAUACCUGCAAUCACAUCAACACAAAGAGAUAUCAAUCACAUCUCCCUUAAAAACUUGCAAAGGCGAUGAUGAGAAAACAGGUAGCUCUAGUGAAUCAAAAAACGAGAAAAGUAAAAUUGUUCUGAUAAACAAGCAUUUGAGGGUAAAACUUGUUAAAAAACGAACAUGUAACAAGGACAGAACUGGUGCAUGGAGUAGUAAGAACUUAUACACUAAAAAGGAUGGAAAAUUUAAAUGCAGGUUCUGUAAUUUUUCAUCAGUCAAGCUUUCAACAGUUGAACGCCACUGCUCAGCUUGUAGAAAAGCCUCUGCAAGAAAUAAGAAUCAAAUUCUUUCAAAAAUGAAUGAUUACAGUGAUGAGGCACUCGCAGGAAGAGAAAACCAGGUGAACAUGGACACCGAAAUUCCCACCCAAGUUCCUAUGAAAAGUCAAAUCCUCUCUUGUUCCAGAUGUCCAUUCAAGUGCAGUCAGAAAAGAGCACUGGACAGACAUGAGAAGCAAGGCUGUCUCAAGCCAAACGAAGUCCAGUGCCAACAGUGUUCAUUUGUAGCCAAGUCUCAGACUUCACUGACAAAUCAUGUUUCAUAUGUCCAUGAUAAAACGAAGUCUGGUGUUGCCAAAUCUAAAUGCUUGCAUUGUGAGCACUGCACCUUCACUUGCAAGCAAGAACGAUGUAUGGUGCAACAUGUCGCACUUAAACACAAAGGUGCAAGACCCCACCAUUGCCAUUACUGCCCUUUCAGCACCACACGACGCUAUCGAUUGGAAGAGCAUGAGUCUCUCCACACUGGUGUCGGCCGUCACAGCUGCAGCGAGUGUAACAAGACCUUUGGGACACUGACCAAACUUCGUCAGCACAAGGCACGUGUCCAUGAAAGACAACCAUCUCAUUUCUGUUCCCUCUGUGACUUUAGCAGCUACACUCUAGAUGAUAUUAGGCGCCACAAUUUCAGAUGUCACUCUGGGGAGUUACAGCAUACCUGCGCUCAUUGCGAAGCUCGCUUCAGUUCAGAUGCUGCGCUAAGAAAUCACUGUAAACGCAUGCACCAGCUCCAGGACUGUUUCUCCUGCCAACAGUGUGACUAUUCAUGUGGCACUAAAACUGCACUAAAGACCCACCAGCAGAAGCACCCUCCUCUAAAGUGUGGCACCUGCCAGGAGUCCUUUGAUACAAAGGAGAGCCUGAAGAUACACCAGAGAAUACACUUAUCCCAUCAAUGCCAUUUGUGCCCCUUCGCAACUAAAACAAGGCAGGGAUUGGCUCAACACCUACUGGAUGAACAUGAAGAUGGGCCCUCGGAGGACAAGCCUCUGAAGUGCAGCAACUGUGAGUUUUCCUGUCAGCAUCAUCUGGUGUUAGAGCAGCACCUCCGUUCGCAUGGCGGCAAACGCCUUUACAAGUGUACAGACUGUAAAUAUUCGACCCGGAACAAGCAGAAAAUCACAUGGCACGUUCGCAUACACACUGGGGAGAAGCCUUACAGCUGUGAGCAGUGCAGUUACACCUGCACCGAUCCCUCCCGACUGAAGUUUCACAUGAGAGUUCACCAAGAGGAGAAAAAGUACCUGUGUCCAGAUUGUGGUUAUAAGUGCAAAUGGGCGACUCAACUGAAGUACCACAUGACCAAACAUACAGGGGAGAAGCCGUACACUUGCAAGGACUGUGACUACCGUACCAACAGAGCCGAUGCCCUCCGUGCCCACCGAGACACACAGCACUGUGACGUGCGCUCAUACAUCUGCGAGAAAUGCGGUAAGGCCUUCAAGACUAGGUUCAUACUGAAGACCCACCAACGGCAACACAGUGAUGAUCGGGCAUACACAUGUGGGCUGUGCCACAAGGCCUUCCGGUGGCCAGCAGGUCUCCGACACCACUACCUUUCGCACACCAAGCAGCAACCCUUCUGCUGCUGUCACUGCCCCUACAGAGCCAAACAGAAGUUCCAGGUUGUGAAGCAUUUGCAGAGGCACCACCCAGAGGUGUCGGUCGAGCAGGGGGUGGUGAGGAGUUCUGAGGCAGUUAGCCUUACCCUUAAGGAAGCCUUGCAAGGAACGCUGGAUGGCAGGGUAGUAGAGGUAAGCGAGGAGAACGGGCAGGAUGAGGUAGCAGAAGCAGUAGAACCCAAGGAAGUACAGGAAGAGUCAGUACAAAAGAGCACAGCGUGA